AUUCAAUAGCGAGCCCUAGCGGUACGCAGCACUGCCACUGAUUCUUGGGGAAAAAAGGAAAAGAAAAGAAAAUCUCUAAUUGGUCGCGUUUAAUUUUUUUCCUUUGUUCUAAAGAUUAUAAGUGAGAAGAAUAUGGAUUUUGAUGAAUAUGAGUAUUUAGAAAAGUCAGUUGAAAAUCCUGAGCCUCAAAAGGCGAAGAAGGAAGAUGGUAACGGCAGAGUUGAUAAUGUUAAAUCUGAUGAGAGGAGUCGUAGUCGGAUUUCGAAGCACAAGAGGGGAGAGAGAGCCUAUGAGAGUGAUGAUGAUCAUAGUCACUCCAAACGCUCAAAAUCACGUGAUGAACCACUGCAUGAUCUUGACCGGCGCAAGGAACGAGGCUCAUCUCGUCACAGGUCACAUUCUAGAGAUGGUGAGAUGGAUAGGCACAGGAGUAGCAGAGAACACAGAGUCAAGGAAAGGGACAAGGAGGAGAGUAAUGGGAGAGACAAAGAGAAGGAACGUGAACGAGAUAGGAGAGAACGUGAUCGUGAGAGGGACAGGGAGAUAGAGCCGUCAAUUAGAAGCAAGAGUCGACCAGAAAGAGAACGUGAGAAGAGUCGGGACCGUGAGUUUAGAGAAAGAGAAAAAGAGAGAGAGCCUAGGGAACGGGACAGAGAAAGCAGGAGGUAUAAAGACAAAAAGGAAGAUGCGGCAGAGGCUGAGGUUGAUCCAGAAAGGGAUCAGAGGACUGUAUUUGUGUAUCAGAUAUCCUUGAAGGCUAAUGAAAGAGAUGUUUAUGAGUUCUUCUCUAGGGCUGGCAAGGUUCGAGAUGUUCGCCUCAUAAUGGAUCGAAGUUCAAGACGUUCCAAAGGAGUUGGGUAUGUUGAGUUCUAUGAUGUAAUGUCAGUCCCUAUGGCUAUAGCACUUUCUGGACAGCCUCUUCUUGGCCAACAGGUGAUGGUGAAACCAUCAGAAGCUGAGAAGAAUCUUGUUCAGCCUACUACAUCUGUGGCAGCUGGACAGACAGGUCAAUUUGCUGCUGGGGGGAGAAGGUUGUACAUUGGGAACCUACAUUUCAACAUUACAGAAGAACAACUACGUCAGGUUUUUGAACCUUUUGGUAAUGUGGAGCUGGUGCAGUUGCCCCCGGAUGAAACUGGUCAUUGUAAAGGUUUUGGUUUUGUCCAGUUUGCCCGACUGGAGGAUGCUAAGAAUGCCUUGAAUUUGAAUGGACAGCUGGAGAUUGGAGGUCGAGUAAUCAAGGUAUCAACUGUUACUGAUCAAGGUCCAUGGCAAGAUGCUGGGACAAAUGCAGCUGAUUUUGAUGACGAUGAAGGUGGCUUGUCUCUGAAUUCAUCAUCUCGAGCACUUCUCAUGGCAAAGUUGGACCGCAGUGGCACUGCAUCUAGUAUUACUGGCUCCAUAGGCAUGCCUAUUAAUAGCACCGGCCUUGGUGCUACAACAGCACCAAUCCUCGGUGCUGCACCUUUGGCACAAUCCCUCAUUCCUCCUACUCUACAGGCCUCUAUUCCUACCAUUUCUGGACUUCCAGGUGGUCUACAAAUCCAUACUAAUGGCAUCCCUAUUAUCGACACAGUUGGAGUCCCUAGUGAAUGCCUUUUAUUGAAGAAUAUGUUCGAUCCGGGUCUCGAGACGGAACCCGAUUUUGAUUUGGAUAUCAAAGAAGAUGUUAAAGAAGAAUGUUCAAAAUUUGGAAAAUUGAAGCAUAUUUAUGUAGACAGGGACAGUGCUGGGUUUGUCUACUUACGAUUUGAAGAUGUGCAAGGUGCGAAAAACGCACAACGGAACUUACAUGGAAGAUGGUUCGCUGGAAAAAUGAUCACCGCUGCAUACAUGAUGCCACAAACCUACGAGGCGAAGUUUCCAGAUAGUAACAAAUAGUUGAAUGAUGUGUGUAUAACCUGACACUGUCUGAAAUCAAGAGGAUUAUAUUUCCGUUGGGAAAUAUAUUCAGUGCAAAGCAGGGAAGUAAUUUGUAUGGUUACUUAAACAAACAAACUAUAUCUGGCAUUAGAUGCACUAAUUUCAUAUUUCUGUCUGAUUAAUG